AUGAUCAGUCUCUUUGACCAACUGCCUGAUUUAACAUUACUCGAAAUAUUUUCUUAUCUAUCUUGUGCUGAUGCUUUAUGGUCAUUUUCUAAACUCAAUUCGCGUCUGACAACAUUGUUAACAGAGCGAGGUUUUUAUCGUCAUGUUAAUUUAUCAUCAACUGGUAAAAAACAAUUCGAAACAAUUUUUUCAACACUUCGAUUAAAUGAAAUACAAUCACUUGUCAUUGAUCGUUGCACGUCACCUCUUCAACUAAAAAGAUGGCUUCAUUUACCACAUUUGACAGCAUUACGAUUACAAGGUGUACGCAAUUUUAGGGAGGGUGGUAUAACAAAAAGUAUGGCUUAUCCAUCAUGGAACAUGUGUCAAUUUCUCGAAAGAACACUUUGUUGUUUGCCUAAUCUUCAAUCACUUGAUUUAGGAAUGGAAACAUCUUUUGUUUUAUACAAGUGGCCUUUCAAAGCGAUAGAAGCACCCUUAACCUAUCUAAAAAUUUCAUUGGGUGGGACGCAUUUUUUGAUUGAUAUAUUUUCAACGAAACCGUUAUCAUAUACUUUAAAGCAACUACAUAUAAAAAUUAGGGAUCUUUGUGGUGAUUUUGAUUUUUCUUUACGUAAUAAAGGCCUUUUACAUCGAAUGGAAUCUUUACAUACAUUUACUUUUAUUAAAUCAUUUAAAUGCUAUUCAAAUGAGGAAUGGAAAUUUGUUAAUGUAUUGACAAAUUCUGAUAUUAUGCCUGUUUUACGACGAAUAAAUUUUUCUGUUUUUAUCGAUGCCAAUGAUCUGGUUCAGAUGACUCAUUCAAAUCUCUUUGUUGACGAUCGUCAUAUUGAUGUUCAUUAUGUUUUUAUGAUUAGUGAUGAUCGACAACAUUCUGAACUUGAUGAAUAUGUGCCACAUGGUAGUUUAUCACAUCCUCGUCAAAUAGCUAGUGUAACAUUUAUUUCUGAAUGUUGGCCUGUUGAUUCAAUGAUGCAUAAUCGUGAUGAAAUUUAUUUAGACAAACCUAGAAAUCGACAACAUAUAUUCUAUACUCUGCCAUGGGCUUUUAAUGAAUUUUUUCCAUUAUGUGUUCCAGAUGGAUAUAUUAAUGAAUUGGAAGUUUUUACAUCGACUUCUCCAGUUAAUAGAGUUGGUUCAUCACAUGUUCGAAAAUUCAGUAUAUCAAAUAAUUUUCCGUCAUUGGCUACUUCUUUUCCUCACAUAAUGUCUUCGAACAAAGUAGUUGAACUGCACUUAUCACGAUGUGAUAGAGAAUUACCUGUAAAUUUACCAAUUUUUGAUCAUCUCAUUAUUACAGAUAGUCUUGACUUAUUGAAUAAGUGUUGUUUUUCAAGAAAUAUUCGAUCAAUUCAAAUUACUCUUAAUCAAGAAUAUAUUCAUUUGGCAAGAAAUGAUUGGAAUGAUUUGCCGAUUCUCUCUACGUUACCAUUUUUGAACUCUUUACGCAUACUUUUAUAUGAUAUGAAUGUUCCACCAAAUGAUAUAAGUCGCCAUAUCAUCGUAGAAACAAUAUCAAAUAUGUCUGACUUUUGCUUUUGUUUUCGGCGUAAAUGUUACCAAAGUCGUCGAAAUUUUGAAUCGGCCCAUACUAUGCAGGCUAUAUUCAUUACACAAUUGCGGAAUGAUAUUCUUGCUUUACCAUUGAAUGAAAAACCUAGAAUUGUUGUUGAAAAGGGUGGCUAUGGGCUUAUUGCAUGGCUUUGA